AUGCAUCUCACGAAGUACAUUGUAACUCUUCUAUGGGCGUCGACUACUCUGGCACUGAACGAUUCCACUUGUCAUCCUACAGAGGAACACUUCAAAGUCUUCACUAUUACGGCAGAUAACAUCACAGCCAAACUAAUCCCUUAUGGAGCUCGCCUGAUUUCUCUACAUGUUCCCGACAGGGAGGGGAACAUGCAGGAUGUUGUUGUCGGUUACGAUAACCCGAUCCAAUAUUUGAACGACACUCAAAACCGCCAUACCUACAUGGGAGCGGUCAUUGGCCGUGUUGCCAAUCGGAUUAAGAAUGGUACAUUCACUCUUAAUGCAACCGAGUACAACAUACCUAAGAAUCACGACGGCCUGUAUACCCUACAUGGCGGUAAUGUUGGCUAUGAUCAACGAAACUGGACGGUGGUGGCAUUUACGCGCUCUUCCGUGACUUUUACUCUUUAUGACGCUGCAAGUGAAGGCUUCCCAGGGGAUGUGAUUACUCACGCAACCUACACUGUUGAUUCUAAGCGUACGGAGGACAACCCGCAGGGACUUCCUAGGCUGGUAACUGAGUUAGUGUCUGUGGCUCUCACUCAACCAACGCCCAUCAUGCUCUCUAACCAUAUCUACUGGAACUUGAAUGGGUUCAAGCAGCCGACCAUCCUGAAUGAUACCUGGCUGCAAUUGCCGUUAUCUAAACGUUUUAUUGCUACAGACUCCAUUCAAGUUCCUACUGGCAACAUAUCCUCCGCUGCCGAGACAAAUCACGGAAGUAUGGACUUCACCGUUGGCAAGAUCAUUGGCCGGGACAUGCAAUAUACAGAAGGGCUGUGCGGAACCGGCUGCGUGGGGUACGAUAACUGCUUCAUCAUUGACCGUGAGCCCCUCUAUUCUGCUACUGCCAACAACGUUGCUCCAGCCCUUCGAUGGAACUCCAGUACCACAGGCAUUAGCAUGGAAGUUGCGACAAAUCAACCCGCUGUGCAGGUUUUUACUUGUCUGAACAUGGAUGGAACCAUCCCUGUGAAGUCUUCUCAGAUUAGGCAUAAUGGCAAAGAUAAGAAUGGAGCUGAUUUUGUCGAAAAAUAUGGCUGUCUCGCCAUUGAGCCAGAAGGCUGGAUUGAUUCUAUCAACCACCCCGAAUGGGGCCAGAAGAAUUUUUACUCCCCUGGGAGUGCUCCUGCUAUUAACUACGCUACUUACACGUUCGACACUGUCUGA